AAAUAAUUUCAGUUACUAUUUUUUUUCUCCCCAUAAAAAAAAUUUCCACUGUUUCAUCCGCCAUUUCGCCGCGCCGCGGCGGAGACACCUCCACCACCGCUACCCGCCACCUCUCCCGCCGCCACGCGCGACAACAAACGAAAAAUGGCGGGCGAGGGUGCUGGAAACAACGCUGUCGUCGUCUGCCUCCACGGCGACCUCGAGCUGGAAAUCAUAGAAGCUCGGUGCCUGCCGAAUAUGGAUUUGAUCUCGGAGCGCCUCCGCCGCUUCCUCACUGCAUUCGACUGCCGCAGGCCGUUCGCCACCCACAGCCGCCACGAUCGCUACCACCACCGCAAGAUCAUCACCAGCGACCCCUACGUCACCGUCAGCCUCGGCGGCGCCGUCGUCGCCCGCACCCGCGUCCUCGCCAAUUCGCAGGAUCCAGUUUGGGAGGAACAGUUUAAGAUACCCUUAGCUCAUCCGGUUUCUCAGGUAGACUUCCAAGUGAAGGACAACGACGUGUUUGGAGCCGAUCUCAUCGGUGUUGCUUCUGUGGCAGCUGAGAGAAUUGCUUCACGGGAGCUGGUAGAUGAAUGGUUCCCGAUUAUAGGAUCAAAUGGGAAGCCUCCAAAACACGAUUGUGCGAUUAGGUUGCGGUUGAAGUUCACCCCCUGCCAAGAAAACCGCCUUUACCAAGCCGGCAUUUCAGGGGAUUACGGCUUGAAGGAGAGUUACUUCCCAAGGCGGCAUGGAGGGAAGGUGACGCUCUACCAAGACGCGCAUGUGAUGGAUGGGAUGCUGCCCGACAUCAAGCUGGAUAAUGGGAGUAACUUUGAGCACGAUAAGUGUUGGGAGGACAUAUGCCACGCGAUACUUGAGGCGCACCACUUGGUGUAUGUUGUCGGCUGGUCGAUUUUUCAUAAGGUGAGGCUGGUGAGGGAGCCUACUAGGCCAUUGCCUAAUGGUGGCAACUUGACUUUGGGGGAUUUACUGAAAUACAAAUCUCAAGAAGGGGUGAGGGUGUUGCUGUUGGUGUGGGAUGACAAGACUUCCCACAGCAAGUUCUUUAUUGAAACGGAAGGAGUGAUGCAAACUCAUGAUGAAGAAACUCGGAAGUUUUUCAAGCACUCCUCUGUUACAUGUGUUCUGGCCCCGCGUUACGCGAGCAGUAAGCUUAGCAUUUUCAAGCAACAGGUUGUCGGAACUCUUUAUACUCACCAUCAGAAAUGUGUGAUUGUUGAUAGUCAAGGCCAUGGCAAUAACCGAAAGAUAACUGCAUUUCUUGGUGGUCUAGACUUGUGUGAUGGAAGAUAUGAUACUCCUCAGCACCGGUUAUUUGGUGAUCUUGACACAGUCUUUAAGGAUGAUUUUCAUAAUCCUACAUUUCCUCCAGGAAAGAAGGCUCCACGACAACCAUGGCACGAUUUACAUUGCAAAAUCGAAGGGCCAGCUGCUUAUGAUGUGCUCAUGAACUUUGAGCAAAGGUGGAGAAAAGCCACUAAAUGGGCUGAGUUUGGAAGGCGGUUCAAAAAAAUAUCGCGUUGGCAUGAUGAUGCUUUGAUUAAGAUUGAACGUAUUUCGUGGAUAAAUAGUCCCUCCCAAAAUGUUCCAAGUGACCAUCCUUCAUUAUGGAUUUCCGAGGAAGAUGAUCCAGAAAACUGGCACGUUCAGGUUUUCCGAUCUAUAGAUUCAGGAUCACUUAAAGGAUUUCCCAAAAAUGUCCAUGAGGCUAAGAAACAAAACCUAGUAUGUGCCAAGAAUUUGGUCAUCGAUAAAAGCAUUCAAAUGGCCUAUAUCCAGGCGAUAAGAGCUGCUCAACACUCUAUAUAUAUCGAAAAUCAAUAUUUCAUUGGAUCAUCCUUUGCUUGGCCAAACUACAAAAGCGCAGGCGCGGACAAUUUAAUUCCUAUUGAACUCGCACUAAAGAUUGCCAGUAAAAUAAAGGCGAAAGAGAGAUUUACUGUAUACGUUGUCAUCCCCAUGUGGCCAGAGGGUGUUCCUAGUAGUGCCUCUGUACAAGAAAUUCUUUACUGGCAGGGGCAAACAAUGCAGAUGAUGUACGAUAUCAUUGCUUCAGAAAUCAAGGCCGCCCAAAUUGACACGCACCCAACUGACUAUCUGAAUUUCUAUUGUCUUGGCAACCGCGAAGAUCACAUUGAAGAAGAGGAGCCAAAUGUGAGUUACCAAACCUCGUUCAAUGGAAAUACGGAAUUACCUGCAAAGAAAUACGGGCGGUUCAUGAUAUACGUGCAUGCCAAGGGAAUGGUAGUGGAUGACGAGUAUGUGAUCAUUGGUUCGGCCAACAUCAACCAACGCUCUAUGGCUGGUUCGAGAGAUACGGAGAUAGCCAUGGGCGCUUAUCAGCCUCACUACACCUGGAGUAAGAGAAAGGAACAUCCAUGUGGCCAGGUAUAUGGAUAUAGAAUGUCUCUCUGGGCAGAGCACCUAGGAACCAUCAAGGAUUGCUUCAAGAGACCCGAGAGCUUGGAUUGCGUUAGGUACGUGAAUAGCGUGGCAGAAGACAACUGGAGGCGAUACACGAGAGCGCAAUUCACUCCAUUACAAGGCCACAUCCUCAAAUAUCCAGUGAGAAUAGAUUCCAACGGAAAGGUAAAGCCUUUGCCCGGACAGGAGACCUUCCCGGACGUCGGUGGUAAAGUGCUAGGCGCGCCGAGCAGCCUGCCUGAUGCAUUGACUACUUAAAACAGCACUCACUUCUUACACUUUGUUUUGCACAGAUUUUUGUAUACAUAUUGAUUCUGAACCCCCAGCGGAAAAGGGUUUGGAAAGCAGAGUUUUUAAGUACAAUGUUAGGAUAUACUUACUAAUAUAUACUUGUCAGGAACUUUGUAAAAAGGCAUGUUUUUUCCAUACUGUAUGAAUCUGUCUUAUGUAACAUUAUUGUCCAAUCUGGUGUCUCUUCAUACAAGCUCAACCAGAUUCAGGUCUCAUUUGUAGGAUUCUUCCAUCUCAAAGCAAUUCAAAAGUUCGUUUAGAAUUCAA